AUGCUUCUCAAACAAAUUCAAUUCAAACUCGACGAUACGCACGGAGACUCGGCCCAUCUCCCUCUGGUACACCGUUUGAGAUCAGGCGUACCUCUAGCAAUUCCUCACGCUGCGGUGGACGACUGUCAGUAUCGUGAAUAUACUAUCCCAAAAGGUGCUCCUAUUCUCAUGAACAUCUGGGGUAUAUUCCAUGAUCCAGACCUAUUUGAGCGCCCUGAUGAGUUCUGGCCAGAGAGAUACUUGCUGACUCCGGAUGGUACAAAUCCGGGACAUAAAAAGAGCUACACGAUUCGUUUAACGUUACCCUUUGGUAGCGGGAAGAGGAUAUGCCCAGGAAUUCAUCUCGCAAAUACAAAUGUGAACGUAGCCGUCAUGCGGCUCAUUUGGGCGUUUGGUUUUUCUCGAGUGGAUAGGCCGGCUACAAGAACAACAGAAUGGAAUAUAUCAGAUGAAUAUGAUGAUGGUAUAAGUUUGACUCCAAAACCAUUCAAGUGA